UGUGAUAAACACUAGCACUAACAACACCACCACCAACCAAGUUGCAUAUCCAAAAGCUUUCUUCAAAAAGCUUCCUUUGCCUUAAAAAAACUUGCUAUAUUCAGACGAGGAUCAUUUUCCCAGUAUCCAAACAACACCAUACGAUGUGGCGUAGCUUGGCAAGACUCAGGCGAAACAUGCAGAACAUAAGAAAAAGCCCAAGAGUAGCAGACGAAAGCAUGUUUGGAGGUAUGAAUAUCAAUCAUGGAGCUGAGUAUCCAAUCUUUGUUCGUGAUAUGGAGAGAGUACCGCAGAGAUGGAGCCGUGGGUUCUCUGCCGUGUUUAGGGUUGUUCUUGCACCAUUAUCGAUUAUUUCUUGCUUCUCGCCGCCGCAUACGAACAGUGGUGGUGAUCGGAUGUGGGUUUCCGGUGCUGAUUUUGCUCAAUUGUCUGAGAUGAAUCAUCUUAUGGUAAAUGAUAGUAUGCGCUAUGCAAUCUUGAUGUAGCAACAAAUAUAAUUUCAAUAUGAUACAGCUUUUGUUGGUUUUAGGUGAAAGUUUUUUGUUUAAAUUACAGAAAAUUAAUGGCCUUCUACAGAUCGCCCGGCGCCCGUGUAAAUUGUUUCUUUUCUUUGAUUUUCUUUUAUUUUCCUUUCUUUCUCUUCCUCUCAUGUACAUAUGUGUAUCAAUUAUGUCCCGAGUAUAAUAUCCAUGUAUCCGCCAGCAGAUGGGGUUUUUCUUUC